CCAAACGUACCUUUGUUGCCAGAUCAAAGCAACUGGGGUCCUAGGGUCGUAGCUACCUGGCUACCACCUGUUUGUAAACCUUAGGUAUCUGUUUGUAUGCAUGUACCAACCUUAAAAAACUUACACCACUCUAUGUAAUCCUGGCCACCCCAGCAACAACCGUGGGCGCUCCUUCUGCAUAUAAUAAUCGAUCGUCCCUCUCUCAUCUUUCAGUCCUAACUUUUUGACAUUGCUCUUCCUUGCACACUUCCGCACAUAAACAACCUAGCAAGUCAUAUGUGCCGCUAAUAGACCACGCGGGGUCUUAGACAACCAUGAAGAAGUUUGGCAAUAUUUAUCUUAUCGCGGCCACGUCCGUCAUAGGUGGCGCGCUAUUCGGUUUCGAUAUCUCGUCUAUGAGUGCUAUUAUCUCAACUGCCCCUUACAAGUGCCAGUUUAACCAGCAAGGCAACAAACCUGGAACGAAUGAAUGCCAGGGUCCAGAUGCUAUCGUACAAGGUGGCAUCACCGCCGCCAUGCCCGGAGGUUCCUGGCUUGGCGCUCUCAUCUCCGGUGUUCUUACGGAUAUAUUCGGUCGGAAGACGUCUAUUCAGAUCGGUGCUCUUAUUUGGAUAAUCGGUUCUAUCAUUAUUUGCGCUUCCCAAAACAUCCCGAUGCUAAUCGUCGGUCGUAUCAUCAACGGUAUCAGCGUGGGUAUCUGUUCGGCUCAGGUUCCGGUUUACAUCUCCGAGUUGUCGCCGCCGUCUAAACGAGGUCGAUUCAUCGGAAUGCAACAAUGGGCCAUCACCUGGGGUAUUGCGAUCAUGUUCUUCGUAUGCUACGGUUGCAGCUUCAUCAAUGGAGCCGCCGCUUUCCGUCUCCCAUGGGGUCUGCAAAUGAUUCCGGCCCUUCUACUCUUCUUCGGCUUAACAGUUCUCCCCGAAUCGCCUCGUUGGUUAGCAAAGCACGAUCGUUGGGAGGAGGCCAAAGAAGUGCUCGUUCUGGUCCACGGCCAAGGAAACCCUGACUCUCAACUGGUCGCCAAGGAGAUGGCAGAAAUUAAGGAAGCGGUCGACUUCGAGCGUCAAAACGCAGACGUGUCUUACCUAGAGUUGUUCCGUCCCAAGAUGAUCAACCGAACUCACAUUGGUAUCUUCACUCAGAUCUGGUCGCAGCUUACCGGCAUGAACGUCAUGAUGUACUACAUUUCCUACAUCUUCACGAUGACGGGCUCGGGUGAUGAUGUACUACUACCUAGCGGUAUUCAGUUCAUUAUCAACGUCGUCAUGACCGUUCCGGCUCUUAUCUGGCUUGACAGGUGGGGUCGUCGUCCGACCAUGCUUAUCGGUGCGUUCUUCAUGUGCCUCUGGCUCUGCAUCAAUGCUGGUUUGUUUGCCGUGUAUUCGCAUGCGCCUGCCCCUGGCCAGUUCGAUACCGCUGCUAUCUCCAUGGUCAUUAGUGGAAGACCCGCCAAGGCUGUGAUCGCUAGUACCUACCUAUUCGUCGCAUCCUACGCGCCAACAUGGGGUCCUUGCUCUUGGACCUACCCAGCUGAGCUUUACCCGCUUCGCGUGCGUGGCAAGGCUGUUGCUCUCGCUACGUCUGCUAACUGGGCCUUCAACUUUGCGCUCGCGUACUUCGUUCCCCCCGCAUUCGCUAGCAUCACCUGGAAGACGUAUGUUCUGUUCGCCGUAUUCUGUUUCGCCAUGUUCUUCCACACGUUCUUCCUGUUCCCCGAGACCUCCAACAAGACUCUUGAGGAGGUCGCCGCUACCUUCGAGGACGACGGCCCCGGCUCUGUCAAAUAUAUUGGUAUCCCGGCUUGGAAGACCCACAACGAUCGUUCUAUUCUCCGCGUCGAACGCAACCUUGUCAGCUCCGAAGAAAAGAUCGGCAUUGAACAUUCAACCUCGGCCAAGAUUUAGAGUUGAAGAAGAGUUGUAACGGCACACCGGUUGCAUGGUGAGGGGGAAAGUGGACAGGAGCGUAGGAUGUUCCAAGGAUGUUCCAGGACAUCGUAAUGGAAAGCAUGUUUUCGUGAAAUGUUGAGAGGGGCGUGUUUGAUAGGAACUAUCAGGACAUAGGUUUAUUCCCUAUAAGUUUUAAACCCACGGGCUGAUGAAGAGCUCGAGGUUAUAUACCCCAAAAUGAAUACAAGACAUUGAUUAAAUCACAUGGUUCAU